AUGUCGGUCGCCACAGAGAUCAUCCAUCAGACCAACAGUGAAAUCAUCCAAAUCGUCGCCAUGUCGGAGUCGGGCAGUGAAGCAAGCAAGGCAGCAAAGAAGAGUUUCAGAGAAUACAAUCGCAACGCCCAGCGAGUGUUCCGCCAAAGGCGAAAGGAACACCUGAACAAACUCGAAGCCGCUCAGCGCGAACUCAACAGUAUUCAGGUGGAAGAAGUCGAACGGCUUCGUCGCGAGAACCAGGCACUUGCUCAGGAGAAUGAGUCUCUGAAGGCUGCUUACGGGUCGCAAGCCAGCUCACCAGGUCCGACACUGAGCCCGAGUGAGGUCAGAGGGUCUCCUUCGGGAUUUAUGGCAUAUGGAGCUGCGCCCGCCGGCUACCUGAGUCCAGUUUCCGGGGCUCCUUCUUAUGUUCCGGGCCCUGUCCCAGUCUCGUUACCUCAACCCGCCACGACGCCAUUAUCGAGCGCCAGCAGCGACCCCAGUACCCUCGUCGUUGUUGUCCCCAACAACAUCCGCGAAAUACGUCGGUCGCUCCACCAGAUGUUCGCCCCCCUCCUCGAGAUUCCCGUCAUUUCCAAUCCACAAACGCAUUUGGCCACUCUGGCAGCCUUGGAACCAUCACUACCAGGAGCCUUGAAGCCUUCGCAGCUCCAGCUGUCGACGCCGCAUCAUGCUUAUAUAGACAUGAUUCCUUCUCCCAGUCUCAGAGACCGACUUAUUGCAAUUGGCCCUGCAAAUGCCAAUACAUUCUUAACAGAGGCUUGCACAAUAGCAUGCGACAUUGAAGAUACAGGUCAAAUGAUUGUGUGGGGCGAAGAUUGGCUCAAUGAAUUUUCUUGGGAGUUUUCUGCCGGCGUUCUAGAACGCUGGGGAGGCUGGCUUCUUACUUCUGAAUGGGGUCAGAGAGCCAACUUUUGGCGACGUCAAAGAGGAGUUCCGAUUCUUCCGGGCUACGACUGA